CGAAUCGGGAGCAAACGAAAACGUGGUGUGGUAGAGCGUGGAGCAGGAUCAUUUUGACGUCGUACAGUCCAACUUCCCGUCUCGGCCCACUGUCUCGGCCGCGUCUCAUUGCCCCCAGGAGUGCCUGCCCCACCCGUCAGUCCUUUCGCAUUUGUCGACGGUUCACGGUCACUCUUUCUACUCUAACUAUGAAGGUGGUAUUCCUCUGCUUGUGGCUCCUCGGAGUCCUACUCCAGUGCAAUGCCAUCAUUGCUCUCCAGCGUGCAGGCGCUCAAACUGGCAAGUUCUCCACGGCUGCCGUGCCCUUUCGCAACGCGUGCCUCUGUUCGCUUUGUUGCAGAUACAGAGGAGGCCCUGCUGGCAGUCAACGGGUCGGACUCGAAGAAGACUGUGGUCGUCGUUGGCGGAGGUAAUAUGCGUGUCUCGCCAGCCCACCCCAGAGUGUAUCGUUAUUGAUGGCCUUUCUGUCCAAUCAUAGGCAAUGGCGGACACAUGUUCGCGGGUUUGGCCGCCUCCAAAGGCCAUGACGUGUACCUCCUGACCUCAACGCCCAGGAGUGCGGCUGAAUGGCAAGAGGCCAUAGCAAGCGGCGACCCUCUCGUCAUCGAGUACGUCAAUGAGCCUGGGAAGCAGGUCACAGGACGUCUCAAAGGAGCCACCCACGACGCUGCGAUCAUCAAGAAGGCAGAUGUCAUCAUCUUUGGGGGGAUGGAGGCAGCGUAUCACCGGCAGAACCUGAAGAAAAUGAAAGACUACUUCAAGCCGGGACAGAUUGUUUUGAUGGUGUCGGGAGGUUGGUUGGGCCGCUCGGAGGAGUAUCUCGGCAAACACUAUAUGGGUGAGCAAACGCAUCAUGCACAAACGUACGAAGCCGAUGCAUUUCCCGCUCGCCUGCGUGAAAUCAAUGCAGAGGUCCUCUUCGGCGUGAUGCAGUCACUUCCCUGGGCCGCACGUUUCGUGGGGCCCAGGGGAAAGCGUGUUGAGAACUACGGGGCUAAAUCCGUUAUGCCCUUGGGUCUGACUGGCCACGGAAAGCACUCCAGUGUCAUCCAGCUGAUGAGGAGCCUCACGGACAUUGACUUCGUGUUGAGUCCCUCUCUGCUCGGUGGGCAGGUGGUGGGGAAAUGGAUGGAUGGAUGGAUGGCUGCCCGCCUGCCCGCCCGCCGACUUCUGUCUGACUGCCUGCCUGAGUGACUGCCAAACAAGUGUCUGUCUGUCUGUCUGUUGCUAACCCCCCAGCGGUAACCCUCGAAGACCCCGCGCCGCGAAUUCACCCAACAUUGAUGGUACUAGAGAAAAGCAGUGGCGGCGGCUCUUCUAAAUUCGGCUGCCCCGGAUGUUUGCAUGUAUGUUGUGCGUUGUCUGUUGUCUGUUGUAUGUUGUCUCUUAGUGGGGACAUUAUCGACCCUUGAAGGAAAAGCUGAUUGCAGCCAGUAAAGUCCUGGUAAGGCAUAAGCACACGCACCCCUUUGGCUGAAUGCACGCACUCGUGCAGCUGUUCUAUCAAGGAGCUCGACCAGAGGCCGUGAAGGUCCAAGAAGGGAUGGAUGCGGAAUGUAUUAGAUCAGCCACCCACACAAAACUGCAAACACAAGCUGGGGAUAGCAUGCAGACACGGAAAAGCUUGACACGUGUGUGUACAGGUUGCCCUUGCGCAGGCCAUCACCCUUCGCUGUGAGGGUCAUGUCGACCUCUCCAGCAUCAAGUCCACACAGGACACUCUCUUGAAAUGGUACGGCCAUUCCCAGGUUAGUGAUCCUUCGACCCUCCUCACUGUCUACCAAACCAAUGAGCCCUACAAUGGCUUGAGAACUCCCCACACCAUCGUCAAAGAGGGGCCGAAUAAAGGGAAGGCCAAGCUGGAUUGGACUAGUCGAUACGUCACCAGCGACGUCCCUCUCGGCGCCGUCGUGGCCAAAGGUACACCACAUGUGUGCUCUCUCUGAAAUGUGCUGUCUCACCCCUCUGUGUGUUUGUGUGUGAAGGUAUUGGUGAUCUCUUUGAGCAGCCCAUGCCCGUGACCACCUUCCAGAUCCUCUACUGGCAGCAGGUCAUGGACAAGCAGUACGUGACUUCGAAACUCGGGACGCCAGACCUUGAGAGGGUGAAGAGCAUUGAUGACGUUCGUAACCUCUACCGCACUCUCAUGACCUUCCGCGCCGAUGGAAAAGACAUAAAGGAAACCAUGGUACUCGCAGCAAAGCACGUAUGAAGGGGAAAGGAGGCAGGCAGACAGUGCCUCUCGGGGCGGGAUCGGACUUUGUAGGCUCCACAAGCCAUGAACAUUCACUCGGUGAAGGAGUUUUUCGGCUUGACCAACUUCGCGUGCACCUACCUACUUCCCGUGCCUCCUCCUAAAGCUCCUCAAUGAAUGAAUGAACGGCAACGAAUGAAAGAGAAAGGCGAGUCCGUUACGUGAUGCAACAGGCUGACGUCUGGCUGCCUGUCCGUCCGUCCGUCUGUCUGUCUGUCUGUCUGUGUGGGUGGGUGGCUCGCCAGUCAGUGGUGUGCUGCCAAGAGGCGUGUCAGAUCGCCGCAGCGCGUGUUGGCGGAUUUUGCCUGCAUCCCGAGAACUCUGUCUUUCUCAAGGCUCUCUCCUCACUGACUGACUGACCUCUGCCUGGCCGUCUAGAUCUAUCUGUGCGCGUGUCUGCACGUACAGUGUAUGGGUGCAUGGAUGGGCCGCCAGAUGCGAAGAACAAAUACGUCCACACCCCGAGACACACAGACAAAGAACGAACACCGCGGAAUCAAUUGGCAGAUCGAUC